CACACACACAGAUCGCCUGGAUGGUCUCUGCAGUCAGUCAGUCAGUCAUCCUUCUCUCCUCCGUCUUGCGUGGACAUUUUGCGAGGACGCAGGAGGACACGUGACGUGACGUGACGAUACAAGCCAUCCUUGUCGGACAUUCUUUGUCAUUUGGCAUCUUUUCCGGGGGGGGGGGGAGAUGGAGGUGUGGAGGUUUGCUGUCACGCUGUCUCCUUUUCCUCUUCCUCCUCCUCCUCUUCCUCCUCCUCCUCCUCCAUCACAUAUGCUGCUGAUGCUGAUGCUGAGCUCGCCGCUUGCGUAGGAGCUCUUUUGCUUUUUGUCCUCCAACAACAACAACAACAACAACAACUGGACGUCUCCUCCACCUUCCUUCCUUCCUUCCUUCCUUCCUUCACGUCCACCUGCCACAUUGUCCCAGACUUUGCAGCCAGCCAGCUGUCAGCCAAUCAGGCGCCUCCAUGUGACAAUUCCUCUUAUCUCGGAAGGAAGUUGAUGGAGAGCCUUUCGAAUGACAGCCGGCACCGUGGUCAUCACUGGUGGAAUCCUUGCUACUGUGAUAUUGCUGCUGAUCAUUGCAGUACUUUGUUACUGCAGGCUGCAGUAUUACUGCUGUAAGAAGGAAGAGACCGAGUCGGAGGAGGAGGAGCCGGACUUCGCCGUCACAUCUCGCCUGCCACCGGUCCACUCCAACCACAACAUUGUGGCGGCCGCGGCCGCCGCCUCCUCCGUCCCCAAUGGCCCCGCCCUCUUCCCCACCCCGCCGCUGGCCAGGAAGCUGACGCGCUCGCAGACCUUCUGCCCGUCGUGCACUCACUACGAGCUGCCGUUCUACCUGCAGCCGCCGCCGGCCCCGCAGCUCCACCAGGCCGAGUCGGGCUUGAGGAACGGCGGCGAGCGGCUGAGCUACCGCGGCGCGCAGCAACCUCCCGCGCCGCUCCGGCAACCGGACAUGGCGCUGCCCGUGCCCGUCAACGUCUCCGACUACCGCAAGCCCCACCUGGCGCGCUCGGUCACCAUGAGGGACAUGUUCGUCCGCAGCUGCAGCAUCAGCACCGACGUGUGAUGUCCUCUCUUCUCCUGGACCAGGUGGCGCUCACGUGGGAUGUCCUCUCUUCUCCUGGACCAGGUGGCACCGACGUGUGAUGUCCUCUCUUCUCCUGGACCAGGUGGCGCCCACGUGGGAUGUCCUCUCUUCUCCUGGACCAGGUGGCGGUCACGUGGGAUGUCCUCUCUUCUCCUGGACCAGGUGGCGGUCACGUGUGAUGUCCUCUCUUCUCCUGGACCAGGUGGCGGUCACGUGGGAGUACGGAGGACAAGAGCGUGGCUCGGGAGCCGUGUCCGA